AUGUCCAUCUACCUGUUCGGUAUCAAAUUUCUUCGCAUCAAGAAAGAGAUAUCUCCUGCAUUGAUGCAGAUCGAAACCGCAGACCCUGUCGAGACUCCGUACGGGCUUGAAUAUGAAGACGAGGACGGUCUGGCUGUGGUCAAGUCAGAAGUCGCGCCCAUCUUGUCUUGUGAUGUUGUGCAUUCAGUCUCCUACCAGGUUCCAGUUCUGUACUUUCAAUUGUGCAACAUGCACUGGCAUUUGCCACCUUCUUUGGACAUCAUCCACUCGAUCCUGGUCCCAGACUUCCAUAAGAUGCCAGUACGAGACGUCGGAAUAUUAGGUGCACUCAGCACCUCAGAUCACCCGGUGACCGGCUUGCCGUCCUUUUUCAUCCACCCUUGUCAGACUCAGGCUGCAAUGGCAAGCUUACAUAUCGACCAAUUCGGACAGCCCGACGACUACCUCCUGGCAUGGAUUGGCAUAAUAGGCGCGACUGUCGGCCUGAGUGUGCCAAUUCAGAUGGCUAGCCAGUCGGUCGAAGGUACACUCGAGAAUUGA